AUUCGUUCUAUCUUUUUCGACAUUCAUCUUCUCUGAUACGCUCGUUCUGCAAACGCUCGAUACCUUCUUACCCAUCCGUAUACCUUAUAAAGUAUACACCUACGACUUCAGAAUGUCUUCCGGUGAAAUCACUGUCGUUGAAGAAGCCAAGGAUUCCAACUCUACGAAGGAGAAAAGAUCCGACCUUGGCACGAGUAAUUCGAACUGGUCCACCAGGAACAAUAGCCACGUCGAAGAUGCAGUCUUUGGCCAUGUUGGCGACAAAGGCCCCAACUACCGCAGCCUUUCAUGGAUAGGUACCAUCGCCCUCAUGACCAAAACCCAAGUCGGUCUCGGUGUCCUCGCUAUCCCCAGAACGUUUCAUGUUCUCGGCCUUAUCCCCGGCGUCUUUUGCCUCGUAGCGAUCGGCGGUAUGACAGCUUGGUCGAACUACAUGGUUGGUGCUUUCAAGCUCAACCACCCAGAAGUGUAUACCAUAGAUGAUGCUGGGGGCAAGAUGUUUGGCAGGGUUGGUCGCGAAAUCUUUGCUGUGAUCUUUAUGCUGAACUGGGUCUUCAUCUCUGCAUCAGCCAUGCUGGGUAUCUCGGUUGGCUUCAAUGCUGUAUCAACACAUGCCCUCUGCACCUAUGUCUUCGUCAUUAUCGCCGCCAUCAUCACGUUUCUCCUAGCCAGUAUCCGAACCCUGAGCAAGAUAGGAUGGAUUGCAUGGGUUGGUAUUGUCUGCAUCAUGACCGCCAUCUUCUCUGUUACCAUUGCCGUCGGCGUCGAGAGUAAGAUUCCUGCAGCUAAGGCGGGAAACUCUACCUUCAAGCUCACCAACAACCCUUCCUUUUCCGAGGCCAUGGCAGCACUCUCCAGCCACGUCUUCGCCUAUGCCGGCACGCCCGCCUACUUUUCCAUCAUUGCCGAGAUGCGCGACCCGACGCUUUACACAUCAGCACUUAUCUGGUCGCAGAGUAUUAUUACUGCUGUCUACGUUGUGAUUGGUGUUGUUAUAUACUACUACGUCGGUUCUAAUGUUGCAUCUCCUGCUUUGGGUUCUGCCGGCCCCAUCAUGAAGAGGGUCGGCUUUGGAUUUGCUCUGCCAGGCCUUUUUGUAAGUGCCAUGAUUGUCACUCAUGUUCCAGCCAAGUACAUAUUCCUUCGUAUCCUCCGCGGCUCUGAGCACCUCCACCGCAACAGUUUAACUCAUUGGGGUACUUGGCUUGGCUGCACUGGCGGCACCACUGUUAUCGCCUACAUCAUUGCCAGCGCUAUUCCCCAAUUUGACCCUCUCGUGUCAUUGGUUGGUGCAUCUUUCGGCGUUUUCCUCUGCUUUCAGCCCUUCGGAUGUAUGUGGCUGUACGACAACUGGGGACGCAAAGAGCGUGGCCUCAGGUGGAAAGGCAUGUUCGCCUGGAGCAUCUUCAUCAUUAUUAUCGGCACCUUCCUCAUGAUCGGCGGUACAUAUGGCUCUGCUGAAGGCAUCAGCAUUGCCAGGAAGACGCCAUCUGGUUCCCCUUGGACUUGCGCCGAUAAUUCUAACCCGGCGCCCAAGAACUUGACAUCCAGUAACUCUACAACCACUAGCUAA